UUCCCAGAAGCGCCCAUGUCGUUCGGCGUCUUUGCUUGCUCUUGCAGACCCUGAAGGAGAACAACCUCCUCUUCCCAGGUUGUCAUGGCUUCAGACUCACGAGCGGUCCCUGCCGGGAGGGGGGCACACCCAAAGGUGAGGUCGCCUAAGCUGCUGGAGGUCCUGAGCGCUCUGGAGGACGAUGAGUUUGGAAGCAACAGGGAGAAGAUUUUCAUCGCACCCCCAGACAACGCCUCUGGGGACUUCACUGAUGAGGACUCUGGGGAAGAAGACAGUGACCAGAAUGGUGCCCAGCUGCCUGGCCGGGUGCUGCAUGCUUCGGUCGUUUCUGAGGACUCAGACCCCGAGGAGGAGGAGGGAAAGGAGGGGGAGGACGAGGGGGAGAAGAGGGAGGAGGACAAGCUGGAGCUCCAGCUGCCCAAGAAAAAGCAGAAGGCAGCAGUGGAGACUCACCGUGUUUGGACCAAGAGAGAUAUCCAGCCAGACUUGGGCAGCUGGACUGCCUCAGACCCUCAUAUGGAGGACCUGAAAACCCAGGAGCUGAGUCCUGUGGGCCUCUUUGAACUGUUUUUUGACGGCGGGACAAUCGGUUUCAUUGUGGAUGAGACCAACCGUUAUGCUCGGCAGAAAAACGUCACCCUGGACCUCACGGCCCAGGAACUGAAGUGUGUCCUGGGCGUCUUGAUUUUAAGUGGGUACGUCUCCUACCCACGGAGACGGAUGUUUUGGGAGACGGCCCCCGACUGUCAUCAUCACCUUGUGGCGGACGCCAUCAGGAGGGACAGGUUCGAGCUGAUCUUCUCAUACCUGCACUUUGCGGAUAACAGUGAUCUGGACGAGGGCGACAGGUUUGCCAAGGUCAGGCCCCUCCUCGUCCGCGCGAACCGUAACUUCCGGAAGCACGCCCCGCUGGAAGAGUUCUACAGCUUCGGCCAAUCCGUCUGCGAGUACUUUGGGCCCCGGGGCUCCAGGCGGCGGCGCUCAGCGAGGCCUGUCCGGCUGGGCUACAAGAUCUGGUGUGGGACGACCAGCAGGGGCUACCUGGUGUGGUUCGAACCUUCCCAGGGAGGCCUGGACGUCGGGGGCAGCAUGGUGGUCAGGUUUGUGGACGCGCUCCGGGAGCGUGGCCGCCUGCCCUACCACAUCCUCUUUGACAAGGUCUUCGCGAGCGUCCGGCUGAUGUCCGCUUUGAGGGGGAAGGGGGUGAAGGCCACGGGAACCGUUCGCGAGGUCAGAACCGGGCGCUGUCCCCUCAAGGUUCCCAGAGAGCCGAGGAGAAGGAAAGGGGGCUCGUCCCACUCCAAGGUGGAGGAGAGCAGCCACCGCCCGGGGGCGGCCAAAGCCCGGGCGCAGCGCCACCCGCCGGCCCUGCUGAAGCUCUACCGGGAAAAGGCCAGAGGGCUUGACCGAAUGGACCAGAACGUCGCCAAGUACAAGGUGAAGAUCCGGGGCACCAGGUGGUACCUGGGCUUCCUCGGCUACGUCCUCGACGCGGCCCUCCACAACGCGUGGCAGCUGCACAGGCUGUGCCGCCGGGGCGCGCGGGCCGACCUGCUCGCCUUCCGCAGGUACGUGGCCCGCGUCUACCUGGAGAGCAACGCGGCCGCCUCCUCCCCGGGGAGGCGGAGCCGGCGGCCGGACACCGAGAGCCGCUUCGACAGGAUCGGGCACUGGAUCGUCCAUCAGGACAAGAGGACCCGGUGCGCCCUCUGCCACUCGCAGACCAACACCCGCUGCGAGAAGUGCCAGAAGGGCGUCCACGCCAAGUGCUUCCGGGAGUACCACAUCCCGUGAGGCCCGAGACCUGCCUCUCCCAGGUCUCGGGUCACCCGGAGCACGUGCCGGGUUUGUUUGUGGCGCUUUUGACGCCCAUCGCUGGUGACUUGGUUUUGGACUCUCUCCUGGGCCUCAUCACAGUCCUCUUUUCUGUUGUAUUCUCUUAGGCCUACACGUCCUGUAAAUUAGUAUUUAUGUUAGUGACCCCACAUGCUUGCAGACCUGUGUUUUAUAUUCUUAUUUAUUUAAAUGUAUUCAAAUAAAAGA